AUGUCAGAAAUGGAAGAAAAAAUCAAUACAGAUUCUAAAGAACAUGCUUUUGAAAUUUUACAACAAUUGAAUGAAUAUCGAAAAACUGGACGUCAUUGUGAUUUCAUGAUCAAAGCUGGAUCUGAGGAACUUCCUGUUCAUAAGAAUAUUGUGUCGGCAAGUUCAGAUUAUUUUAAAGCAAUGUUAUCUCAUGAAAAUGUGGAAACAAAAUCUGGUGUUGUUGAAUUAAAGGAAUUUGAUGAAGUUUGUGUUAAAAAAUGUGUUGAUUUCAUUUACACUGGGGAUGCUUAUGUUGCCAAAGAAAAUCGCGAAACACUCAUUGGUGUCGCUCACAUGAUGCAACUGCAAAGACUUUGUGAUAGUAUCGCAAUUUUUCUGGAAGAUGAUCUUGAUCCUAGAUCGUUUUUUCAAACUAAAAAAAUUGCGAAUAGGUACAACUGUAAACAACUUGAGAAAAAAUGCAAUCAAUUUGCAUUGAAGCAUUUUAUAGAAAUUGCCCAGUCUGAUGAGUUUAUGGAUCUUGAUGCAAAAUUUAUUUCAUUUCUGAUGGAAUCGAAGGAAGCAAAAGCAAGGGAAGAAGGAAAAUGUAAGAUGUUGUUAGCAUGGACCAAACAUGAUAUUGAGAUAAGAAAAGAAUGUUUUCUCAGUUUGGUGAUGAAAUUCCAGUUGACAAAAAUGACUUUGUCGUAUAGAAGAUUUCUUGUUGAAAAUGAGCCAUUGAUAUUUGAAUCUAUGCAAUCUAUCCGGUCAUUGACUUUGUCAGUUUUUGACAGUACUGGAAAUCUCAGCACAAAAGAUUUUAAUUUAACAGAGAAUAAACAGCUUGUUGUUUUUGAUCAAACUUCUCAAAGAAUGCAUUCUCAUGAUGUUGGUGAUAAAACAUGGACACCAAUGCAAACCAUAUUUCAAGCAAUUAUACAGAAUACAUUAUAUUCUGCUGUAGUGAUGGAAACUUACAUUUAUGUGAUUUGUAGAAAUGGAUCGUUUUAUAGACUUAAAUAUGCUGAAUCAAAUGCAAAGUGGGAACAAAUGACAAAUACGAAUCUUGAGUAUGCAUGUGCAGUUGCACUUGAUGGUUUUGUUUAUGGAGUGAAUCAGCAAUAUCAAGCAACAAACCAAGUUGAGAUUUAUGAUCCUGUCACAUCUACUUGGUCAAUGGAUGAUAGAUCAUUGAAUGAAGCAAGAUUUAAAGCUUCUGCAACUGCUACAGAGGAAGGAAUAUAUAUUAUGGGAGGUUUUAAUGUUGGAACUCUCACUACUGCUGAAUUUCGUUCAUCUGUAACUAAAACCUGGAUGAUGUUGAAACCAAUGAAAAACGCAAGACAAUAUUUCAGUAGUUGUGUGAUUGAUGGGAAAGUUUAUGUCAUUGGUGGAAAUGGAAAUUCUGCAAAUAUAGAGGAAUAUGAUCCCGGAACAAAAGAAUGGAAAAUCAUCGAAACUAUACAAGGAAAAAAUAUUUUUCCGAGAUUAACUGUUGCAAUAUCUAUAUAA